CAGCACCGGCGCCGCCGCCGCACCCGCCCCGGCACCCCCCGCGCUGGGGAAACCGAGGCACGGAGCAGCCGCGUGGGGCCAGGCGGGACUCGAGGCGCCCCCGGCCCCCGGCUCGUCCCGCGCCGCCGGCGGAACCUCCCGGCGCACCGGGCUCGCCACCGACGCCAGGCCAUGGUCACCGGCGGCAGCGCCCGGGGGCAGCGGAGCCCGGGGUCUGUCUGCAGGUGUGGAGGGCAGUCCAUGGCACCCGGACCCCCGGACCCCCCCCACGUCAGGCCCUGGCCCUGCACCCCCUGAUGCCCCAAGGUCCCCCCCGGCCGGACCCGGGGAGCCCGAGCAGGUCGCCCCGGCGCCGCUGAGCCAUGCGGGAUCGCCCGGUGCCCCCCCCCGCCAGAGCCAUGAGCAGCUGCCGGUACAAUGGGGGGGUGGCACGGCCCCGGGGCCCCCUGAGCACAUCCACACGCACCCUGCACCCGCUGGAGACCGAGACCCAACCGCUGCGGCCGCGCCAUUCCCCUGGCCUCGAGGUCGUGGUGUCCCAGCCAGAGCAGCCCGGGGGUCCGGAUCCCGACCUGGCAGCAGCCCCAGGGCAGGAUGCGGCCGAGGACCGGGGCCGGGGACCUCGGAGGAACCAGAAUAUCGGGUACAAGCUGGGGCACCGGCGAGCCCUCUUCGAGAAGAGGAAGCGCCUCAGCGAUUACGCCCUCAUCUUUGGGAUGUUCGGCAUCGUGGUCAUGGUCACGGAGACGGAGCUGUCCUGGGGGGUCUACACAAAGGAGUCCUCGUACUCGUUUGCACUGAAAUGCCUUAUCAGCCUCUCGACCAUCAUCCUCCUGGGGCUCAUUGUCAUGUACCACGCCAGAGAGAUCCAGCUCUUCAUGGUGGAUAACGGCGCCGACGACUGGCGCAUCGCCAUGACCUACGAGCGCAUCUUCUUCAUCGCGCUAGAGCUGAUCGUCUGUGCCAUCCACCCCAUCCCCGGGCAGUACCUCUUCACCUGGACGGCGCGGUUGGCCUUUACCUACGCCGCCUCGGUGGCUGACGCCGACGUGGACAUCAUCCUCUCCAUCCCCAUGUUCCUGCGGCUGUACCUGAUCGGGCGCGUCAUGCUGCUGCACAGCAAGCUCUUCACCGACGCCUCCUCCCGCAGCAUCGGCGCCCUCAACAAGAUCAACUUCAACACCCGCUUCGUCAUGAAGACCCUCAUGACCAUCUGCCCUGGCACCGUCCUCCUCGUCUUCAGCAUCUCCUCCUGGAUCAUCGCUGCCUGGACGGUCCGAGUGUGCGAGAGGUACCAUGACAAGCAGGAGGUGACCAGCAACUUCUUGGGGGCCAUGUGGUUGAUCUCCAUCACCUUCCUCUCCAUCGGCUAUGGGGACAUGGUGCCGCACACCUACUGCGGGAAGGGCGUGUGUCUGCUCACCGGCAUCAUGGGUGCCGGCUGCACCGCACUGGUCGUCGCUGUGGUUGCCAGGAAGCUGGAGCUCACCAAAGCAGAGAAACACGUGCACAACUUCAUGAUGGAUACGCAGCUAACGAAGCGGGUGAAAAAUGCUGCUGCCAACGUACUCAGGGAAACGUGGCUCAUCUACAAACACACCAAGCUGGUGAAGAAGAUCGACCAUGCCAAAGUUCGGAAACACCAGCGUAAGUUCCUCCAAGCCAUCCAUCAAGCUCAGAAGUUGAGGAGCGUGAAGAUGGAGCAGCGGAAGCUCAAUGACCAGGCCAACACGCUGGUGGACCUGGCGAAGACCCAGAACAUCAUGUACGACAUGGUCUCGGAGCUGCAGGAGCGCCAUGAGGACCUGGAGAAGCGCUUGGGUGCCCUGGAGAGCAAACUGGAGGCGCUGGGGCUGAGCCUGCGGGCGCUGCCGGCGCUGGUGAGCCAGGCACUGGGGCAGCAGCAGCGUGAGCUCCUGGGGAGCUGGACCCCCCGGCUCCGCCCCGCCACCGCCCCCUGCACCCCAACACGGGCCCCCCGCGCCCCCUCCACCGCCCCCCCCACCUCCUCGGACAGCGGAUGAUGGGGUGCGGGAGACACACACACACACACAAGCGGGGCCCCUCUUUAUGUCUUGGCCAUCGUGUGGCUGAUUUCAGUAGCUUUGUUCUGUAAAGCCCUGUAUAAAUUUCCUGCGUUCACUGUGCUGGCGUGAGGCUGGAAACCACCCCCCCCCCGGACCAUCCCAUGGCCCCCACCCAGGCCCGAUGGGAAGUGAGUCCCGGUCUGCAGGAGAGCUCGUAUAGGGGGGGAGGAUGCAGGAGCUGCUGUGCCAGGGGUGAUGGAGCGGCUCUGGCGGGGGGCGGGAGCAGCUCGGGGGGGGGUAAUGGAGCAGCUCUGGGGCAGUCAGGAGCAGCCCUAGGAGGUGAUGGAGCAGCCAGGGGAGAAAUGGAGCAUCCCUAGGGGGACAGGAGCAGCCCGGGGGGGGCAGGAGCUGGGGGCUGAUGGAGUUUAAGAGAUGGGGGGGUGGUGAAGCCAGGAACCCUGAGCAUUGGGGGUGGAUCUGGGGACUUUCCCCCGGGUUUGGGGGGGGUGGAUGUUGGGGGCAGUGUGGGACACCAGGGGUCUUGCGUGGAGGGGGAGGCUGAGCCCCAUGGUGAGGGCAGGGCUGAGCUUUGGGGGUGAAGGAUUGAGGGGGGGGGGGCUCUGUUCCUGGCUCUGCCACAAAGUGACCUUGGCGAAGUCAUGUCACCUCUCUGUGCCUCAAUUUCCCCCAUCUGUAAAAUGGGGGGUGGGAGGGUGGGGGGGGUCGCAAUGGGACCGACCAUUGUACAGUGCUGGGAGAUUCUUGGAUGCAAUAUUGAGCCCAGCCACUGGCACUGGGGUGGGCCAGGACCGCCCCCAUGGUCCUGGACCCCCCCCCCACCGCUCCCCAGCCAGGACCCUCAAUUCUGGGAGGCCCGGGGCGGGGCUGAGGUGCGCAUUAAAGGAGGCUGAACUGGA